AUGGACUUAGUGAAGCUUGCCAAACAGGGCAGUGCACUGUCCCGUGAAUAUAAGUCCCUCAUAAGGGACAAGGAGAAAAACGCAGCGAGGGAGCGCCUAGCUGCUAUCACGAUACAGAAGUGCUACAGAGGGUAUUUGACCCGGCGGACUUACCUUGUUUAUAAGCACUUUCUGAAGCGCACGAAGAAUGCCAUAGAUAUUCUAGAAUGCAAAUUUUUGCUUAGAAAAUUGAAGCGCCAAAGACUGGAGGAACAAGCCGUAUUGUACUUAUCCGACAAUGCCACCAAGAUACAGAAGGUCUACCGGGGGUUUUACUCCAGGAAAUACAUUCACGACUUCUUUAGGCGGAAGAAGGAAAUAAUCGAAAUGGAUGCACACGUAAAGGCACAGAAGGGAUUUAUGCUUCAGGGGAUUGAGGAAAAGAGAAUAAAACAGUUGUUACACGAUAAUAAAGUGAAAGACACGAAAAUACAUAACGCUGCGAAAAAUCUGCAUCACCUCGUGUCAACCAAGGCACAGAGGGGGGUCUAUAAUUACAGGAUCGAAAAUAUCAUACGGGAACAGCAAGAAAAAAUCAAAAACAGCAGCGAAAAAAAGAAAAAAAUAAAUCUACUAAACAAAAGGAAGUAG